CGCGGCCCGUUUCGGAAAACACUUUGUAGUGUUGGGCGGUUGUGGCAAAUUGAUUUAUGUUUUUGUUUUAACCUGUUACAUUCGGUUUGGAUGUGUUGUACUUGCUUAAAAGAAUUAAGUUGUGAUCGUUCGUUUUGUGUGUUCGGCAAAGCUCGUUAUUUCUGUGAAGUGAAAGUGUAGAUCAAUUAUCAGAUCAAUUGAUUGGGUGAAGUUCGUGAAGAAUGAAGUUUAUGAAAAACCUACCGCUGGCACUGGUAGUGUUGCUGGCCUGCAGCAGCUACUGGGCCGCCGGACAGCAGCAGCAACAGCAGCAGAACCAACAAUCAGUGCAACCGGAACAACCCCAUGCUGUGGCAGCUGGUGAAAAUGGCAGUAAAAACGUGGCCGGUGUCGUGGACAAGUCGCAGAACAAAAGAGGCGCACCGGACAUACCAGUGGUUGUAGGUACGCCAGCGCAGCAUACGGCUUACAUAAAUCAUCACGUUACCGGAGCAACCGUCGUAGCUGCACCCAUUUCGGGCCACGCCACGCACGCAGCCAUCGGUACGGUGCCGUUCGGUGGGUACGGUCAUGCGGUAAGCAGCACCGGAGCACACAUCCUGCAGACACCGACCGUAGCGACAGGACAUCAGCACGUGAUACAGAAGGUGAAUUACGUAGCCCCUGCCUCACCGGCGACGACGCUCAAGUUGGCAACCGUCUCCGAGGGUUCCCAUCUUCAUCUGCAUCCCGUUAGUACGGUCGUGACGAAGUACAACUAUGCCGUACCGCAGCUCACGUACACACACUACCCUCAGUAUCAGGUGUACCACCAUCAUCAGGCUAGUCCUGGCACAGUGCAGCCAGCUGCUGCUGCAGCAAUCUAUACCGCGCAUCAACUCCACGAGCAUCCAGAGCAGCAUCAGCAGCAGCAACAGCAGCAGCAUACAGCGUACGCUCAUCAGCAGCCCAUUUACGCACACCAUCCGGCAGCCAUUCAUUACACCAUUCCGGCGUCCCUCAUCCAUGCUGGCCAACACAAUUACCAGCAGCAGCCACACCAUCCCCAACAACAACAACAACAACAGCUACCCCUGAGCCACACUCAGGCCAUCCACUACCAGCCGAGCCAGGCCGGAGCACCGCCGGCAGUUCCGAUCGUCCAUCAGGCCCCGAUUGCCACCAUCAAUCAGGUACACCAGGCGCAGCAGGUCUACGCCACCCAGGGCCAGUUGACGAAGUAUCCGCUCGCAGCACAAUCGUACUACGGUGCCGGAGGACUACAGCAGAAUCAGAUCUACUCGACAGUUCCCAGCUACGCUUUUCAUCAACAUGCUGCAGGCAGUGCAAGUAAUGGGUUGGCCGGAAAGCAGCUUCUACCUACCGUCGCCACACCCGUCCAUCUUAAAUCCUUGGUCCCCGUUACAACCGCCACCACGACCCAACACCACGGUAAUGGCAUCAGUUACACCGCGUUCACGCAACCCUCGCACGUCGCAUCCAUCCCGCUGGCAGCUGCUCACCUGAAGCCCGUACCACAGGGUGUGCUGCAGACGCAACCGUCCUACUAUAGCACUGCCGCCACAUCCAACGUUCAACAGCAGGCCAAUGUCUAUUACCGAAAUCAGUUACAGCAGCAACAGCAGCAACAGCAGCAAGCUCAGCAACAGCAACGAGUGCAGAUUUACUCAACCGCAGCGAGCCCUCUUCAAAAGUCUCCGCUGCUCUACUCGGCGGGCAAGUUCAGCCAUCCGGUCCCAUCGCAGUACGCCGCAUAUGCUUACGCUCCUCAGCAACAGCAGCAUCCGCAGCAUCAGUCGGUCGCCACCGGAGCACUUUUCCAACCGCAGGCUUCGUUGGGCAAAAUCACCUACGCGCAGAACGCCAUUUCGCCAAACGUCGGAGGCCGAGGGUCCAUCUAUCUGUUGCACUAAUCGUUCUCGUCUACUCGCCACGAGUCGGAAAGUGGCGGAAGGUGUAGGAUAGUGUGCACUUUCCCUUCUAUCGCAUGUAGGCAAAUCCGGGUAUGUAGGCCACGAUUUACAGUAGUUUAGUCGAGGAAAGAAGCAAAAAAAAACUUGGGUCCUUUGCCAAUCGAAAGGACUGCGACUCCAUUGAAGUUGAAGUGGAGUGGGAAACCGCGAGCGCGUAGAUUUAAGGGUGGUCGGGACGGUUCGAUUACAGACAAGCUUUGAUCCGCAUUUAUUGGUACCAAUUACACGGAGAAGCGUGGUGGAAGCGAGUGGCCACAGAUCGCUUUAUCGGAUUGCACCGAGCUGGAUGCAGCUCUAGAAUGGGCACACGCUGAGGUUAAAUGGUUCCAAUGGCGGUCGGCGCUGCUUCUUCUUCUGGUUUUUAGUUUUGUUUUACAUUUCACUUUAAAGCCGUUGUGAUAAAGUGUUUCUCCUCAUGCAGAGUUAACUGGGCAGGUAACACGAAAACGCUGUUGAUUUAGGAUUGAAUGAAGCAUGUCUAACUGGUGCAACUAUGCAUCUGUUUUGAUUGGCUUCGUUUUAGCGGAGGUUUCAAAACUGUGGGAAAAUAAAAAAAUAAACAUAAUUUAAAUGUUGUUAAUGGGGAGGUUAGAAUUAUGUUGCUCGAGCGAAACAACAACGUUUAAGGUUAAGGAUAACAUGUUUUUCAC